AUGCUGCUUCUGUUGCCGGCUUUUGCUGCAUUAUUUGCAGCAACAGGCUCAGCCACCCUUUUUAACUCCAUUCCUUUCAACCUAUCUACAAACCCAACGAAAUCCAACUUUCAUGUUACCGCUGACAAACUGGAGAAAUUUCAGACCGCAUUAUUAGCCUCCAACGUUGCCGUAGAUGACUGGUAUAACCGGCACCAGAACAUCCAAUUCGGCACCACAAGAUCAUGGCUUGCAGAGGCCAAGGAGGCAUGGAUCAGUUUUGAUUGGAGGGACAAGGAAAACCACAUAAAUGGGUUCCCUAACUUCAAUAUCCCAAUCGAUGACAACAAUCUUGGUCUCACGAACAUUCACUUCAUUGCCCUGUUUUCCCAGAGAAAAGACGCUUUGCCUCUCCUCUUCUUACAUGGGUGGCCUGGGUCGGUCAUAGAAUUUCUCCCAGUCUUGGACAUACUUGCUUCAAAGUACAAUGCGGACACUCUCCCAUACCAUGUUAUCGUACCGUCCUUGCCACACUACGGACUCUCUGGAGGUCCGUCAGAUAUGGAGCUCACUUUAAGCGACGCAGCAAGGCUUAUGAACGAGCUGAUGCGAAGCCUUGGGUUUGCUUCGGGCUAUGUCGUUCAAGGAGGUGAUAUCGGGAGCUUUAUCGCUAGGAUACUAUCGGAAGCAUAUCCUGAAUGCAAAGCAUUCCAUAAUGUGCUAUUUGUGGCUUACUUCACUCAAGUAAACAUGCUGGCACCUUCGUCUCAGGAUGAAAUUCUCAGCAAUACAAACAUCACCGCGACGGAGACUGAACAUGUUCAACGCAUGUACGAUUUCAGUGCUAAUGGGUCUUCUUACAUCCUCGAACACGGAUUAAGGCCAUCGACGGUCGGGCUUGUUCUUGCUUCAAGUCCGCUUGCUGCGUUGUCAUGGAUCGGGGAAAAACUCAUCGAAUGGCCAGACCACAGAUACCCCCUAUCGCUCGACAAUAUUCUUACUUUGGUCACAUUCUAUUGGCACACGGACUCUUUCUCACGCAAUCUUUACCCAUAUAGACCCAUGGCGGAAGCCGCGGUGGGAAAUAAGUUGUUCGAUGUUCCAACUUCCAAAGUGAAACCUUUCGGAUACUCGGUGUUUCCAGCGGAAAACAUUCUCAUGCCCGAAGCAUGGGCCAAAAAAGCAUAUCCGAACUUGGUGUACUACAAGCGAAAUGAGAAGGGCGGGCAUUUCGCUGCAUUGGAACAGCCUGAAAUAUUCCUCAGUAAUGUGGAAGAUUUCCUCACGUUGGCUAGGCCGCUCAUCGGAAUCUGA